UGUUUCAGACAAUUCACGACUCAGUACUCGAGUACAUUUAGGAUUUUAUUUUUCACGUGCGUUUAAAGUGUUAGUCAAUUAAUUGUUAUCCUUUGUUAAUAAUUUAUUAAACUAAUAGCUCCGGAGAGGAUGAGUGGUGUUGUGCUGUGUAGUUAAUAUUUUAAAUUAAGGAAAAGUAGUGUAAAUUUUAAAAAUGAUCGUCAGGAAGACAAUGAUGAUUCUCUUAAUAACCUGGCUGAGUCUGUCAACUCUCGUCUCCGUGGAGAGCAGCGACAGAUGGUCACGUCAGACGUCAAACAGCGAGUGGAUUCCUUUGGCACGUCCAAGAUCGGCACUUCCGCAUCAGACACCAGUGGUCAGUAGUCACAGUCAGUCACCCUCUGGCUCCGCUUUAUUACAUAACCCCAAUAAUAAUAUUCAAUCGCUGAACCUACCUCCGGCAUUGCAGCAAGAGUACCAGCAGCAGUUAAUGCAACUUCAAAAAACUCAAGAGAGCAUCCAGAAACUUUUGUUAUUGCAGCAACAGCUCAGGUCGCAACAGCAAUUGCUUCAGAAUCAAGCGUAUCUGCCAAAUGCUGUCGAAGAAAACAAACAGCCAUUCAGACAAAACGCGAUUCCGAAUCGGCAAGUUGAUUAUAACUCUGAUAUGGCACCUCCGCAACUGUCUUCGGAUGCUUUGCCGCCUGUUUAUUCUUCACAGCAAUUCAAGCAAUCUCAGGAGGCGGCAAUUGAAGGUGGAGUUCCACCUUCUGGACCGGCCAGUGAUGGAAAAGGAGAAAAUACUGAUGAAGAGAUUCAGGUGGUAUACGUCCCAGCGGAAACACUUGCGCAACGAGGCCAAUCCAAGGAGGAAAGAAACCGCGACCACAACCAAUUUUCCUUCCCGCGACACGAUAAUCGUUAUCCCCAUCCUCAACAAAUCGACUCCUCGCCUUCCGUUACCACAGAGGAGCCCUACAUCCAAGAAUACGUCGAGUUUCCCCGCGGACAGCUAGCGAUCGAGCAGUUCUAUAAAGAGGCCCGCCAAAAAGAACUUGACCGGCUCAACGAAGAGCGAAAAGAAAUAGCUCGUCAAGCUAAAAUUGCUGCUACCGCUCGCCAGCGGGAGCAAGAACGCGCCCACCAGCGUGACAUGGACAAGAAGCUUAAAGAACUCGCUAAAAUUGAAGAACUCGCGAAACAACGCGAACUAGAACGCAUUCGUGAAGACCGACUUCGCGAGCGCCAAAGACUCGAAGAACAGGAAAAAGUUAGAAUGAAAGAAGAAAAAGCCCGUCAGGCAGAAAUUGAACGAUUGGCAGCUCUCGAGAGGCAGAAAAAUGCCGAAAUCGAGCGGUCCAUCCUCAGGCAAAAGGAGCUCGAGAAAGCUGCCCUCCAGCAAGAAGAAGUAAGAGCCGAAGAAUUGAAGAGUUCUGAAGAACUUCACCAUCAACACCACACCGAAAAUAUCAAGCACAAAGGACCCAGGCAUCGCAGCAAGCCGAGAAGACCUCACAAGGAUGAGGUCCAAGAAGCCUCCACAAUCCCUCCUCCCAACCAGCCGCCCCUCGCCGUGUUUAUAGGCCCAGACAUCGAAGCUCAAGAAACCCAGCCCCAGUUCCAAGUAAUCGACGCCCUGCGAUUUUUGCGUGAUGCAAAAACGAUCCCGGUUCUCGAUCAUGUUUCAUCAACCAACCCCCGAGCCUUCGUAGGACCCGCGAAUUUGAAUCCUCCUCAAGGGUACUCUAAGUUCGAAUUGCCCUAUCUUUCUUCUCUGGACAUCAAUCGCGUUGAAAGACGUGUAGAUAAACUUCCUUUCUUCGUUGCGCCUUUAAGCUUCAGUCCACCUGUCGGGUACUACAAGAUUCCUUUCCCUCAUCCGCACAUUGGGUCGGUGAUCGUCAACAGCCUAGAUGACAAUAUCGGUCCCUCUGCCAGUCAGGAAAGUUCUAAGACAGUGCCAAAUGUCAUUGAUCACAACUUGCCGGUUUCUGGCCCUGGUCCAUGGCAGGCGAGCUAUGAACUAGCGAGUCGAGCUCCUUAUCCUACCGGGUAUCCAUCAGCCACUCCGCAGUAUCCUUAUCCGUCGAGCUCCGGGAACGAGGGGUAUUUACGGGGAUAUGAGCAACAAUCUGUGACUCCUUAUCCUCAAUCUGAAGAGUACGCGACUACUACUGAUUACAGAAAGCCGAAUAUUGUAUCUUCGUAUUCGUAUGACACUGCUCCUACAACCCCUGCGUAUCAGGAUGGAUAUGCGCACACUAGGGUCCAGCCGAACAAGGACCAGGAGAUAACUUCUCAAUUGGCUCAAGUCAACCAGCAUGAUUACUCUCAGCACAGACACGCUGAGAGUCCUUAUCAGCAUCCUAGUCAGCAGGCUUCUCAUUCCUUGAAUCCCCACCAUGGGAUUUAUCACCUGAAUCCUAAUAUCCAGAACUCGUAUGAGGAGAUUGAUGCAAGGCCGGUUGGGCCCAAUGGAAAUGGGAAUAGUAAUGCAAAUGUGGUUCCUAUGACGGGGUACAGUUUGCCGCCGGAACUCCCGCCGAUUCACCCCCAACUUCCUGGAUUAGUUAAUUCGCUGCUCGAUCCCAAGGAAAGUGAAGCUGAUAAGUUUAUUACGACAACUAUUUCUACUACUACUGAGCCUACUACUGUUCCGACUACCACCGAGGCAAUUACUACCACGCACAGACCACGGGUUAGACAGAGAGGAAGAGUUACAGCGCGAACAACAACCCCCUCGCCGACGAGUAUCAUCCCCACGGGGUCCACGCAGAGAAAUUAUGAACGGACACGAAGACCAUUUAAUAGAUCUAGAUCACGAUUUACGACUACUACCACCACCACCGAAGAGUAUAAGGACACUUACGAGCCAAGUAGGUCUAAAGUUCCCGAGACUACCAUUAGGUACACUACUCAGGAAUAUCGUCGGCCGGCGAACAAGAUACAAAAGUUCAAGAACCGCAAUCAUGAAGCGCUAAAUCAAAUCCCAAACAUUCAAGCCCACGAGACGUUAUCUGAUGACGGAAGCAUCCCUGAAGACCCAACCAACCCACGUCAGUAUCAAAACUACAAUGUGCCACUCACCACCGUCAGCUCUUUGACGUAUAGCGACGAAAGUUUGACAACAGAACGCGAUUACUCUAAGAACCCUAAUUACCCUCAUCUAUCUCACGACAGAUUCCGCGGGUCCGAUAGUGGUUACCAGGCGAACUUACAGGCCCAGGGGUAUGAUUAUGAUGCACCAGAAGGAGCUAACAUUAAUAGUAAUAACAAUAAUGCUCCGUCGACACCGAUAUCGGUGACACCCGAGUAUUAUUAUGCCGAUAAAACUGAAAGUGCUGAAGGCGUAACUGAUAUACCUUAUUCUCAAGUGGAAUAUCGUCCUAGUAUUAAUUACAACAAUAAUAAUAAUAAUAAUAAUAACAAUAAUAAUAAUAAUAAUAAUUAUGAUAAUAAUAAUAAUAAUGAUGACAGAAGUAGUACAAGUGGUGAAAAUAGUCCGGUGUUAAAUAAUAAUCAAUACUCUGCGGAAAUACAGCCGCGACCUUAUGAAUCUUUUUCUGAACCCGAAACAACGACAGAAGCACCAACGACAACGGAACCGGCGCCAGUAAUAAUUCGCCAGCGAGUAAGGGCGCGAUUAGGGGGUCGCCCUAGACAGGACUCCCCGAUCCAGACGGCGCCGAGGGGCUCGCAGGACGAGUUCGUACACUUUAGCGCAGUGAAUCAACCGCGACAACAAUCAACAACCGCGAGGACACGCCCAAGAGCGAAAAAGCCCAACUAUCUCACCGCGGCUCAGGUCCAGAGCGAAGGAAACGAUUACGUGAGAAUACAGUCUGCUAAUCGUCCGCAUCCUAAAACAAUUGUGCAAGCAGCUGCUCCGAAAACCACUACAACCACCCUCGCUCCUGCUAGUGAGGAGUCUAGCGAGGAAGAGUAUGGAUUCUUUCGGAAGCCCAACUUUAAUCAGCCCCACAAUCUUAUCAGCAGCAAAUUCCGCGCUCCGGAAUCACCAAUCCAACUCCAAAAUAUAGGACCGACUGACGGAACAGCAGCAGAUUCAAGUCCUACCCACACACAAGUAUCGACUAAAAAUCGACAAAAGUAUCAAUCGCCAAACCGACCACGUCCUGUCAUAAAAUCAUCAACUGCGCCUGUAACAACGACACCUAGUGCUUUGGACACUCAGUCCUUCACGACAAAGCCUCGCGUGAGAGCUGAGGAGCCCAAAAAUCGAAUACGGACCCGGGUUAGGAGACCUGGUCGUAGGCGUACAACCACUACAAGCACCACCACCGAGGAUCCACUCGAUGAAAUAAAUAAUUUGCCUCUGGAAGAAAAUUACCCAAGACUACCGAUCCAUCCAAAGGAGCCGAGAGACAGCGCCGAAAGACAGUCGAUCUACGACGGUAAUUAUGAAACUUUGCCAGCUAAUUCCGGAGCUAAUGGGCCCAGUCGCUCGGAUUAUGUUUAUGAAAAUUAUCCCAACCAAGACCGCGAGUUUAUGCUGAAUUUCGGAGCCUCGGACAUCGUGGAAGAGCAACAAGAUCAAAGUAGCCUCAAGCUAAGCAAGAACCAUCGUGAUGAGUCAAGGCUGACGAGACCUUAUUCUAGACAGCAGCCCUCGGAUAUUUACGGAUCCGAGAGCCAGUGGUCGACCAAGUUGACCCAAUCCUCUUUCCAGCCGGUGAACCAGCUUCCGGAGGAGGAUAAAAUUCUGAGAGAGCAGAAAGAAAUUAGCACCGAAAAAGAGGAAGCCCCGGAAAUAAUAACCGCGAGGCCUGAUGACGGAUUUAUGACUGUUCUAGUUUCUUCUGACAAUCAAACCAGCACCCCCGGGCUGGACAUGACGGGAGAAACUACUAUGCCGACUGAUUUCGGAAUGAAAAUGUCUGCAGAAGAAUCUACUGAAAAUUUGCCGCGAAGAAGGAUACCCGGCAAAAGAAGAAGAGUAAGAAUCCGCGUACGUCCAUCACCACCGGAUGACUUUGUAACCGCUGAGUCCCAGCACUUUAACUCAGCAGUAAACAACCUCGUGCAAGAGCAAGCUAAACCCAACGAAAUGUCCUCACAAUACAACAGUAAUCCAAACUACGAACCACCGAGUUCAGAAGUUUCAACCGAAUCAAUAACUACCACCCCAACAACCACCAGCGUAACUCCAGAUUCAACAACUAUUAUCACCGAAACUAAAGAGCAGAAACAUGAAACACCAGAAUCUGCGUCAAUUCUACCUAUUAAUGAAACAACUGAACUAGUAAAAAGCGACAGUGAUGAUUACAAUCCAGGAGUCACCGAAACUACCGAAAGUGCGCAAACAACCAGCUACGAGACCACCACUUUUGUUGAAUCUUCCACGGAAUCGACUACAGUUCCAAUUCCUCCCGAAAUCCCUCGCAAAUCCUGGGACUCGACAAAAGCCUACACUGACUGGCUCAUGCGAAAAAUGGAGAAAACCCUCAAGUCUGAGCAGUUCCUCAAGAAGACUUCAGCCAAAGAAGAUAAGGAAGCUUAUGAAGGAGAAGAAGAAUAUCCGAAAAAUCAUCGAAGCGAGUGGAGUGAAGUUCGGUACCCCGACCGCAGUAUUUUUGGGUUCGGACGAUCUGAAAAACAGGAAGACACCACCACCACCACCACCACCAGCAGCACCACUCAGGUACCGGGGGUUGUUUCCAAGGCUGAAGGUGAAUCAAGUGUCGGAGCGAUUUCAGAUUAUGUGCAAGCUAUUUUUGAUAGCAUGAAAACCGCGGAUGAGGAACACGCGAUCCUUGACAACGCUCCGGAUUUGUGGGAUGAUGAAAGUAAGCCUACCACUCAAAGUCACUCUACUUCUGUUUCUAUUUCUGGUUCUGGUUCGACUACUUCAGAGUCUACAACGCCCACAACAACGGCAGCUCCAGAAACUACUGCUGCUACCGAUGAGUCGAUGAUCGAUAAUCAACAUGAAGAGGACAAGGAUAAGCUUGACAAGGAGACAAAGACAAUGCUCGAUGAGCGUAAAGAGUCCACGAGCACUAUUAAUCCCAGUAAUGAGGGUACUGGGAGGGUACCUAGUAUUCUAGACAUGUUGGUUACUACAACAACCGAGCCCCCGACUUCCAAGAAUUCCUCCGCAUUGUUGGGCGCGAUCCUCAGGACCUCGACCUCCACCAAAGUCUCCCACAUGACGGAAAUUUGCUAUCGAGGUCGCUGUGUUAUGACCAAGCCUAACAAGGACUCCCGAAGAUGAUUCUGAUUAAAUUUUGUACUUUGUUUUUAUUUUUUAGUUAUUUAUUAUUGAAUUUUUGGUACAUUUUUUGUCUAUGGCUUAUUUAUGAUUAUUUAUUUAACUAACAGAAAUUUUUUUAUUUUUUAGGGAUAGAGAGUUUUAAUU